GAGCGCGGGUGACCGCCGGGUGUAUUUUGCUCCAGUAGGUCCCCUGGCCGACCAAUCAGCGACAGGCCGGUAGACUUUUCGAACGACGGCCGAAAAAAUCUCCGGAAUUCACGAUAACCACAGCACUCCAUCGCGACGCCCAAUCCGACGCCAUAUCAGGCCGACGUCUUCCGUCUCCAGGUUCCUCGCAAAGUCUCAAUUCUUAGCCCGCCAUGUCGCUUUCCUGCAGGUACGCAGCGCAAUGCUGUGCCCGCCAGCUCCGCACAAACACCCCGAUCCGCGCUUCGAGCUCCUUUCUCCAGCAGCGCAUGACGCGGCGGUACAACUCGACCGAGGCCGCGGCUAACCCCAAGAUCGCCGCGAUUGUCGACCAGAUCAGUCAAUUGACAUUGCUGGAGACGGCAGACCUUGUUGCGAGUUUGAAGUCGCGCCUCAACAUCCCCGAUCUACCCGUUGGUGGCUUCGCCGCCGCCGCCGCCCCAGCCGCUGCUCCCGCAGCAGCAGCAGCCGAAGAGGAGGACGCUGCCCCCGCCGCGGCCGAGAAGACGCUCUUCACCCUGAAGCUGCAGGCGUUCGAUGCGGCCGCCAAGCCCAAGGUCAUCAAGGAGAUCAAGAAUUUGCUCGGUCUCAGCUUAGUAGACUCAAAGAAGUUCGUUGAAAGCGCGCCCAAGCUUAUGAAGGAGUCUGUACCGAAGGAUGAGGCGGAGAAGAUUGUCGCGAUGAUGAAGGAAUUGGGUGCGACGGUAGUGAUGGAGUAGACGGUAUAGACAUAUGGCAGAAGGACGAGCUGCUAGCUAAUGGUUCACCUUGGAGAGACGCGGACCAGCCAGGCCGGAACCAAGCAUGGUACGAUUACUGACAGAGUGCGGCAUCCCCGCUGCAUGUACAAAAAGAACAAUGUAACAUUACAACUUGAGUAUACCAAGCAAUCAUCGCUGGACCAUAUGGAGACCCUUUUGAUCCCAGAUAACUU